AGUAAAUCCUCACCGUCCAAUCGAACAAUAAUAAAUUAUUUCGAACAUGCGAACACUUUAAAAAAUCAAUGGAAAUCGAAGAAUUGAAAAAGAAGUGGAACCAUAAUCUUAUCAGAAUCAGUCGUAAACAUUUGAAACAAACGCAAUAACCAGAAAAAAAAAGUUUCUGAAUCCAAGAAUCUUGAUCGUAUCAUCAUCAAUGGCGUACGCACCGUCAGCACCGGAGCUUCCAGAAUCAUUCGGGCAGCAGCUUGACCAGGAAGCUAGAUACACUUACGCGUAUCCAACGAACCAACUCGGAUCUUCCGGAAUGUUUUCAGCGGAAACGCAUCCGGACAUCGUAACGAGCUUCGAGUCGGCUGGCGGAAACCGGAGCGGUUUCCUCGAUGAAUCGGAGCUCCGGCAUGCGUUGUCGUUUUCUGGCUAUCAAGGAAUCCGUAACAGAACGAUUAGGUUCCUCUUGUUCAUCUACAAGACCCCUGGAGAGUCUCUGCUACGACUUGGUCCUAAGGAGUAUACUGAGUUGUGCAAUAGCCUUGCUCAAUGGCGUGCCAUGUUUGACAGGUACGAUAGAGAUAGGAGUGGAAAGAUGAAUGCUUUAGAGCUCAGAGACGCUUUCUAUCAUCUCGGUUACAUGCUUCCAACCUCUGUUCUCCAGCUUAUUAUCUCAUCUCAGUUUGAUGAUGCCACUGGCAACACUGUCGAUCUCUGUUUUGACAGAUUCCUCGAAUGUGGGAUGAUUGUGAAGAGUUUGACUGAGAAGUUCAAAGAGAAGGACCCCGGUUACACAGGCUACGCAACGCUCUCUUACGAUACUUUCAUGUCGAUGGUCAUUCCGUUCAUCGCCUCAUAUGACUAAUGGUCUUAUCUUUCUUUGUUUCUUUAAACAAUCUCAGCUUCAAGUUGUACAUUUGAUAAUUGGGGGUUUGUGGUUACUGAAUAGGAGAGUGAAAUCAAACUAGUGAUUAGGUUUUUAGUUGUGGAAGAGAAAUAUAUGAAAGUUGUAAUAAUGUUUAUAAAUAAGAAACAAAAGUGGUUUAA